AUGAAGGUUCAAUAUGCUGCUCAUCUUCCGCUCGUAUUGCAUGCAUGGCCUGACACUUGCACAUUUCACGGAGGAUUGAAAACUGGCAUUGUUGGUAGAACAGGUAGCGGCAAAUCAACUCUUAUACAAACACUUUUCCAACUCGUUGAACCUACUGCCGGGAAAGUUAUCAUUGACAACAUCAACAUCUCUACAAUCAGACUGCAUGAUUUGAGGUCUCGACUAAGUAUUAUUCCGCAAGAUCCAACAAUGUUUGAGGGGACAGCAUUGGAUAAGUGUCAUCUGGGAGAUGAAGUUAGAAAGAAAGAAGGAAAGCUUGACUCUUCAGUCAGUGAAAAUGGUGAGAAUUGGAGCAUGGGUCAGAGGCAGUUGGUUUGUCUAGGUAGGGUUCUGCUUAAGAAGAGCAAGAUUUUGGUGCUUGAUGAAGCCACUGCUGCAUCAGUUGAUACAGCUACGGAUAAUUUGAUUCAACAAACUCUUAGGCAGCAUUUCACAGACUCUACUGUCAUUACCAUUGCACAUCGAAUAACUUCUGUUCUUGACAGUGAUAUGGUUCUACUUCUUAGUAAGGACUUAUUGAGGAGUAUGACUCCCCAACCACAUUGCUUGAGGGAUAAGUCGUCAUCUUUUGCUAAGCUUGUUGCAGAGUAUACCAUGAGGUCCAACUCAAAAUUUUGAGAAAUUUGUUGAUCAGUAUCAUCUGAAAUAAAAGUUUCUUGUUGACAAUGAAAUAUUUUAAAGUUUUCUUCCAUUAAGCA